AUGGUAGAUUACACUGCAGUAAUUGAUGCCAACGAUCCGACGGGUAUGAAAUUUGAUAAUAAGGCAGAGUUUUACUACCGCAAUGUCGACAUUGUGCUGCAACGCUUCGGCUGUCAUGCGAAGUACAGUGUCUAUGGAUGCGACGACUGUCGUGAAGCUUACAAAUACUGGAUCUGUAGCAUUAAGUUUCAAAAAUGCGGCUCGCAGACUAUAACAACGGAUAGAGGUGCUACGAAACUCGCGUACACGACGGACCUAUGUGACUUUAAGUCAUUCGUAGCAUCAUCCUCAACAUCACCUAGUACUAAAAACAACAGCAAGACGUCAAAUUCUUGUGUCGAAGGUUCAUCAGGAAGGUAUCGCACUUGUUUAUCAAUCUGCGAAGACGUCGUCAGGAAAUGUCCUUAUGUGCUUAACUUCCAGUGCCCAACGACAGAAACACCUUUUUUCUCUGCUGAUAUUACCACUUGCAACAAGCUGGACCGAGUGUACAACCCGGAUCGACCAUCUCGUCCCUGGCCAGGAACUUUUGCAGAUGCUUAA